CGUCAGCCACGUGGGGGGGUGCCGUGGGGUGCUGGGCGGGGCAGCUGCAUAGGGCUCCAAACGUCAGUCGCGGCGCGCGCGUCACUCGGCCACGACACGACUACUAACUUGUAGCCCGCCGAAAUACGCGCCAAAACCGCGCUUUCGAACUGUCAAAUCCAAUUUGAACAGAUCGCGAAUGAACGAAAUUAAAAUUAAAAACAUUAAUUUCGAACCAUAAACAAUAAAAAAAAAACUUUGUGGCAGUAAUUUUCUGCCAGUUUUAGAUUAUGUAAUUUAUUUUUUCAGUGUUUUUCAAUUUGCGUUUAGUUGAUGUGUGCGAGCGAGAGGGAGAUGGAGAGUCCGGGCGAGGAAGCGGGACGGAGCGCCGCCCCCGCUACGAACGGGUCCAAUAAGAUCAUCGGUCGCAACGUGAAUGGAACCAUGGUGGUGACGUCCCGACCAUCCAACGAGGCUGAGCUGCAACUGUACCGCGUCAUGCAGCGGGCCAGUCUUCUGGCGUACUACGACACGCUGCUCGAGAUGGGCGGUGAUGACGUCCAGCAACUUUGCGACGCCGGCGAAGAAGAGUUCCUCGAAAUCAUGGCACUCGUUGGCAUGGCCUCCAAGCCCCUCCACGUCCGCCGCCUCCAGAAGGCCCUCCAAGAAUGGGUCAACAAUCCCGCUCUCUUCCAAAUCCCCAUCGUCCCUCUCUGUCCCACCGAAAACCCCUUCGUCUGCAACCAAAGAUUACUCAACAUGCCCACUUUACCUAGUCUACCACGUACAGUCAGCUCUCCUGAAAGCAGACCAAUGUACAGCCCUUCUCCGGGAGCACCGGAAAACAGCUGUGGCAGCACAGCUUCCCAACCUAAUGCUAGUCCUGUCCAUACGAACAAUUUUACAAAAAUAGUCCUACCAUCGUCCCCUGCGGCAGCCCCUGUCACAACUACCGCCUCUAGAAGUUUCUCUCCUCAAUCCGCUUGUCCUCCUUCAGCCGGUUCUAGUCCAAGCUCAGUAACAUCCCCAGUCCAGUUAACACCAGUUUUACUAGACGUUCAUGUUCAAAAAUUAGCGGCUGCGGCAGAGAAGUUGAGCAAGCAUUUGCCUCAGUUAGAACCAAAGCCUCAGAACACGAAGAAGAAAAUGUGUAAAGACUUGGAGCUGGUGAUGAUGAUGCCGGAGGCGGAUCCGCGGAGGAUGGAGGAGAUAAGGAAGUACGCGGCGAUAUAUGGCAGGUUCGAUUGCAAGAGGAAACCGGAGAAGCCCUUAACGCUGCAUGAGGUGAUGGUAAACGAAGCGGCGGCUCAGAUGUGCCGCUGCGUCCCCGCGCUUCUGACGCGCCGUGACGAGCUGUUCCCCCUCGCGCGGCAACUAGUCCGGAGAGCUGGUCUCCAUUACUCUAAGCACGGCCUUCCUCCUACGGCGGCCGGCAACGAGGAGGCCGAAGAUGACGCGACCGCCGUUAAGCGGCCCCGCCAGGAUGGCGAGGAAGGUAACGGCAUCCGCGCCAGUCCUGACGCUGCACGGAACAACUCAAAUCACAGCUGGUGGGGCGUGAAGGCAGAGAGCGACGACGCGGACUCACGCUGUUCUUACUCAAGCACCAGUACACCACCACCGGACGCAGAAGAAAGACCACAAGUGGUAGCCGCACGAGGAGACAGCAUCAUAGCUGUAGCGAAUCCGGCACUCCAACCACCGCCACCACCACACCCUGCGAGGAACCACUCUAACUGACAAUAAUCCUCAGGACCCCACUGCCGUGCAGAAAUCACGGUCCUAUCAUGAUCAGCCACAGAACCAACGUUUACCACUGCGAACAAGUAGGCCGUGUAAAUGUUCAAUUGUUAUGCGAUACCUACUUUGUCAGGGAGACAAUCAUUAUCAUAGUUGUUGCUCUUCAAUGGCUAUCACUUCAAACCUCAUCCUGUAAGGAACCACUCGAACUAAAAAAAGUCUAGGAUUCCAGGCAAAAAUAAGUGAUCAGACAAAGCCUGUAAAAUUUUUAGUUGAUAUGUGAUCCAUAUUUGCCAAGGAGGCAUCAUCAUAGCCGUGGCGUAUCCUGCUCGCUACGAGAUUGUGGACCACCAUUGGAACCAGCAAGGGACCACUUCACACAAAACUGUUCCCAAUAUUCCACGCAAAAAUAAUGGAAUGCGGAAUACGAAGAAAGCGUAACACUGCGAUAGAAUAGUUAGGGCCUGUAAAAUUUUCUACUGAUACGUGACACCUUGUCAAUGAGACAUCAGGUUGGCUGUGGCAAAUCCUGCUCUCCGUCACUGCUGGACGUAAAUACUACAACUGACGUAAAGUUCUCAUUAUCCCAUACAAUAACUGUAUUGUAAUUAUGCCUACUGCCAGCACAACUCGGUGACGAAAAAAGAGUUUCCCGCUGAGCUGCCGGCCUAGCCAAGGUUACGAUCGCUAUCGCUUCGACAACGAAAACCAUUAUGUCUCUCUAUCACUCUUCCAUAUUAGUGCGACAGUGACAGUUGCGUUUCGAUCGCUACGGAGCGUAAGCGAUCGGCAUCUUGGCUACGCGGCCUGGACCAAUAUGGAAACGAUAUCGGAAUUAUACUUUCAUCCACCACCAUCGGACUCAGCAAGGUACCACUGAUAUUACGAGUAUAUUAAUGCCUUUUAAGUAGCUAACACACUAUCGCAC